UUAUCCACCAGACUAGGGUUGGUGGUGAUCGAAAUUCAGGGUGAGUUGAACUAUCCCACACGUUUCCCCAUUGAUGUAGAUGACGAUAGAGGCGAUGAGAACAAUACAGAGGAUGAAGAGAGAUACAUUGAAGAAGUCAUCGGAAAUGAAUACAUAGCAGAUGCCAAGUUAAAACAGGCAAUAAGAAUUGGAAGAUUGGAGAUUGAUGAGCAUUUCAUGAAAUGCAUUUUAUACAUUGGGAAAAGUCAGAGGUUGAUUGGAAGUAUUGAGAAAUUAGAAAAUCCAAUUGGAUUGCUAAAAUUCCCCCGGAUAUUCAAUGACAAAGACUACCAAAAUAAAAAAAUUGAAAUAAUCGAUAUCGUUAAUUAUAAGAUAAUAUUCAAAAAUCGUCCAUUGCCGAUUAUGUAA